AUGAUCCGCUCAAAGAAGAUAUUGGAAAUAAACAGGGAUGAAUUUGACAGAUCCAAGCUAUCAAAGAUCUAUAGAAGCCUUGCAAAGAAAUACCACCCUGACAGGGUAAAAGACAGGGCUGCUAAAGCUGAAGCGGAAGCUCGUUUUCGUGUCAUUGCUACCGCUUAUGAAACCUUAAAGGAUGAACAGACUCGUACAGAUUACGACUACUACCUGGAUCAUCCUGAAGAAAGGUUUGUGCAUUUUUCCAGUGAUGUUAACAGAUUUGUACUCUCCUUGUUCAGAUUCUACAAUUACUACCAGUAUUAUCGUAGACGGGUUAUUCCUAAAGUCGAUGUGCGCUUGGUGAUAUUGGGCACAAUUUUCUGCAUCUCAUUGUUCCAGGUAGCAAUUAUAAUCCGCUAAGA